UGCGGUUCAGUGAUUUGUUAUUUACUUCCGGCACGUGGAAAUGACAGAUGGGCACUGUUCGUUUUUCUUAGAAAAGAAAAGAAGAUUUUGCAGAUUUAAACCAAAUUCAGGACAGAAAUAUUGUGCAGAACACACGGGUCUUCUUGGUAUACCAUCUGACAGAAAAAGAAUCAUAUGUCCCGUAGACUCAAAGCAUACCUGCUAUGAAGAUCAGCUGUCAAAGCAUUUAAAGAAAUGUAGAAAGCAACUAGGAGUUUUACCUGCUUAUCAUUGUCCAGGAAUAAAUUCUGGUGAAACAGAUGAAGCAGAUCUUGAUGCCAAGUUUUCACUGCUUGACAUACCAACAGAUGAUCUGAAACAGUUGAUUAUAAAGAUCAACAAGCUUUAUGAUGAACAUAUAAAGAUUCCAUCAGAGAUUUUGUCUCACACCUGUCUGGAGGAAGAACUCUGUAACAGUUCUUAUGGGAUUCCUGCUAUCAGGCAUAGAAAACAACAGGCCUCUUUAAUUGGACAUUUGGAUAAAAUGGGGUUGAUUAAAGAUGCUAUGACUUUUGUUGAACUUGGAGCAGGCAAAGGUAUGCUGUCUCAUUGGGUACAAAAAGCUGGGGAGGUGAAUGACAACUGUAACUAUAUAUUGGUUGACAGGGGUACCUGUAGAUACAAGGCUGACAAUUUCCAUAAGUGGGACGAUAAAGGACCAAAGUUUGAGAGGAUCAGAAUUGACAUUGAGCAUCUUCAUCUAGGUAAAGUAAAUACUAUAUCAGGAAGUGGUAAUCCUGUCGUUGCUGUUGGUAAACACUUAUGUGGCAGUGCUACAGAUUUGGCAGUUCGUUGUGUAACUCAUACAUUAACAACAGAAGUAGAUGGUGAUGAACCUGUAGAAAAGAAGUCAAAAAAUGAUAAAUGCAAAAAGUUAGGAGGACUAUCCAUAGCUUUAUGUUGUCAUCAUCGUUGUCAAUGGAAACCAUAUGUUGGCAAGGCUUUCUUUCAAAAAAACAGUUUGUCGAUCAGAGACUUUAGAAUUUUAUGUAAAUUAAGUAGUUGGACAGCAGCAACAUGGACUGGCUGGAAAUCUGUUGAUGAAAUGAACAAAUCUCAGGGUAUAUCAACUGACUGUUCAAAACUGUCAGUUGAAAAGACCAAAUUGCAUCAGGAAGCAGUAUCAAGCAUUGUUUCUGACAACAGUCAACAAGAAGAAAAGACACUAGCCUAUUCUGACAAUUUGAAAAGUAAAGAAAAAGACAAUUCACCAUUGGAUGGAAAUGUGAACACAGCUGAUACAGAAUCUUCAGAUUCUGAGACAGAAGAUAGAUCCAAUAACUUAGAACAGAUGUCCUUUAAAAGACCAGAAUUGAAUUUAUCAACCAAACAGAGAGAAGAAAUUGGGAGAAAGUGUAAAAGACUUAUUGACUAUGGAAGAGUAGAGUAUUUAAAGGAGAAAGGACUUAAUUGUGAUAUGAAAGUUUAUAUUGAAGAACAGUUAACGCCAGAAAAUGUAGCAAUAUUUGCUAAGCCAAGUUGAUCCUAUGUACAAUUAUGUAUAUGAAAAUAAGAUUAAAUUCAGCACAAAACAAUCAGGGAAGCCUAGAAUUAAUGAAAAAGUAAAGAAAAUGAACAAGAUAUUAACUCACUUGCAACUAAAUAAUUUUAACAAUGAAUUAUUUUCUUUUGAAAACAAUAUUAAACUAAUUAAAUAAAAUAUGUAUAUAAGUUUA